GGCAAUGAUAACAUUUAGAUAAACAGCUCCUAGUUUAUGUUUAAAGAUAAAAUCCUCCAAGAUACUUGUGUAGAAUGUUGAUGGGUGUUCUAAUGUGCAUGACAACACGCUGUUACUAUGAAUGGCGUCACCGAUACUACAGUGAUAGAGGACUUCUGAACGGGCAGAGUUAGCGACAUGGCGACCCAGCUGAUCAACACGAGCGAGCGAUGUGUCGACGAGGCUCUGGAAGGCUUGAUUGCCGGGAACUCCGGUCUCCUUCUCCUGCCGGAACAGCGCAUGGUGGUCGAGCGCGCGUGGCUGACGGGGCGGCGCAAGGGAGUCGCUAUUGUCACGGGCGGAGGAUCAGGGCAUGAGCCUUUUGCCGCCGGCUACGUCGGGGAGGGAAUGCUGGCGGCGGCUGUCGCUGGCCCCGUCUUCACCUCCCCGCCCCCCGCCUCCAUCGCCGCGGCCAUCACGGCUGUGGGGAAGGAUAAUCCAGAUGGCGUGUUGGUGGUGAUCUUCAACUACACUGGAGAUCGAGUCACUUUCGGCCUGGCGGUUGAACGCUGUCGGGCCGCCGGUAUGAAGGUGGGAAUGUAUGUUAGCGGCGACGACUCCGCCCUCGCCCGAGUCUCAGGCACCGCUGGCAGGAGGGGCCUCUGUGGCACUAUGUUUGUGCUGAAGAUCGUGGGCGCCAUGGUCCAGGCAGGUGACGUGGAUCAGGCCCUGGAGACAUGCCACAAGCUCGGUAGUGCCAGAACUAUAGGCUUUGCUGCCAGUGCGUGCCAGAUGCCGGGGGCGCCCAAGCCCCACUUCACAGUGCCCCAGGGCAUGCUGGAGCUCGGCCCUCGGGGUACAUGGCAGGAAACAGCAUCUGAAGUGAUGAAAACGCUCCUGGACAACCUGACGAGGGAGGAAUCGGAGACACUUCUUGAUCUGCAGAAGGGAGAUGAAGUGGCAGUCAUCGUGAACAACCUCGGGUGCACUUCGGAACUUGAAAAUGGGCAUUCUGAGGAGAGAAGGACAACACUUAAUUCAGUUAUAUACAAUACCAAUCUUCAAGAUACAGAAUAUGUCAGAGUGGUUUCUUCAUCAAUCUCAGCUGUAGCAGAUCAUGGAGGGAAGUCAGAUGCAGACUACAUAGUCUCUUGA